UUCAUGGAUAAGGCCCCAUUUUCCUUCUCUGUCUAUUGUUUCUACAUUGUUGUUCUCUUCUGAUUCCUCUCUCCUCCCACUCUCUUUCCCAUGUGUUUUUCUCUGUCACUCUGAACUCCUUCACCUUCACUCUUUAUUUCUGCCAUUUCAGUCCCAUGUAAUUAAUUUUCUUCAACACUCCACUUCACUUUGAGUAAUCCUUUUCUCCUUUCUUCCAUGGAGGAAGCUCAACAAAUGGCCAUUCCCCACUUGUUUAGAUGUCCAAUAAGUCUAGACUUGUUCACAGAUCCAGUCACUCUCUGCACAGGCCAAACUUACGACCGAUCCAGCAUCGAAAAAUGGCUGGCGGCCGGUAAUCUUACUUGUCCUGUGACAAUGCAGAAGCUUCAUGAUCCUUCCUUUGUUCCCAAUCACACUCUCCGCCAUUUCAUCCAUCAAUGGCUUCAAAUGGGUGGUCGCCAUUUUGAUCCUGGUUACUUGACAAAAACUGAUAUUUUCUCUGUGCUAAAACACAAUCUUGAAUCUCAGGAAACCACCAUGAAAACCAAGCUUCAAACUCUUGAAAAUGUCAAUCUUCUUGUCUCCAAAGAACCCUCUUUUUUGCUCCAACUUGGCUUCUUGUCUUUACUUCUCAAACAGCUUUUUGGAAAAGCUGAAUCUGAACUCUCCCAGGACUACAUAAAGUUUCUCCAGGAAGCUCUUUUGUGUGUUUCAAGGCUGCUGCUUCCAGGGCAGUUCAAGUGCUUAAACAUUCUGAUUGAAGACUCCAAUUUGGAAAAUUUUAUCUCUUUGUUUGAGAGAGGCAAUAGCAAGAUCAAGAAAAUUCUGUGUCAUUUAAUAGAUGUAAUCUCCUCCUCUCCGGAAACAAAAAAACUUUGUUCUCAGCUUGGAAAAAGCCACAGGAUUUUGGAUGUCAUUGUGAUGAUUAUUCUCCAGGAUUCUGAAUUAUCCGACCCUGGAAUCCAAGCAUUAUCAGGAUUAUGCUCCCUGGAAUCGAACCGCGAAAGCAUGGUUCAUUCAGGAGGCAUAAACGGGUUCAUAACGUACAUUCUGAAUGCGGAGAGGAGGCGAAAGAGCUUGGUGGCGAUGGCAAUGUCAAGAGUUGAACAACUUUUGGUGUUGGAGGGUGCGAAAGAGGGAGUUGUGAAGCAUCCCAAUGGUGUUCAGGCUCUGGUGAAGAUGGUUUUCAGAGUGUCGGAUCAUGAAGGAAGUGAAAGUGCUGUGAAUUCAUUGAUGAUUUUGUGUUGUGAUUCGGAAGAGGUUAGAGAAGAAGCCAUUGGAGGUGGGGUUUUGAGUCAAUUGUUGCUUCUUUUACAGAGCCAGUGCAGUAAUAGGACCAAGACCAAGGCAAGACUGUUGCUCAAAAUGCUUAGGUCCAAAUGGGCUGAAGAGCGAAAGCAUUUGUAGGCUAAU